AUUCACCUAUACAUUAUUUCUAUGGGAUACACCAACGCAAACACGUGGGCCGAGUAAGAAAGGCACUAGUGUAUGCAAGUACAUAUACAUUUUGACCUUUGUUUACUGAUUUAGGACAGUUCAGAGGCUAAUAUCUUUAACACUUAUAAUUUUAGAGAUACGCUUUAAAUUCCACGCCCUCUUAAUGGAAUAGUUGAUUCUUCAAAUUCCAGUGAACAUGAGAAAGUGAAAUAUCAACUUUUAACCAGAGACGGAGCUACAGAGAGUGAGAUUUAGCAAGUUCCAGGGAAUUUAUCAUGGAAACCAAAACUCUGUUAAUUCUGCUGGUUGUGAUGAUAGUGUAUGUCCUCAUCGGGGGAGCUAUUCUUUAUGGGAUUGAACACACUAACGAGCAACAAACGCAGACCUCAGCUUCUUCUACAUUCUUCAAUUUCUCCGGAACUGUCAGUAGUUGCGUGACCACUGCCCAGGUCCGACAGUUCGUCCAGGCCGUUAUACAGGCCUAUGAUGAGGGGGUGCUAGUGACGGACACAGACACUUCCGCGUCCCAGUGGGACUACGCCAGCUCCACAUUCUUUGCUAUGACUGCCGUCACCACAAUAGGUUAUGGAAACCAAUCGCCUGCUACAGGUGGCGGGAAAGCUUUCGUCUGCAUCUUCGGUUUGAUAGGAAUACCGAUGAUGGCGCUAAUAUUAACUGGACUGGGUGAAAAACUAGACGGUUUAUUAAAACCACUUAAAGACAAAGUGUUCAUUAACAAAAACGAGAAAGCAGAUCAAGCGUUAAAGACGUUUCUUUUAAUUUUAUUAAUUUUCAUUUUGAACUCUUUAAUUCCCGCCGCCAUUUUUUCGGCCAUUGAAGGCUGGUCUUACGGAGAUUCCGUGUACUAUACCAUAAUCACACUCACGACCAUUGGAUUUGGAGACUUCGUUUUAGGAACGUCUGAUUCCGACUACCGUGCGCCGUACAAACUGCUGAGUAGCUUGUGGAUCUUAGUAGGGCUGGCCACCGUGGCACUGAUAUUGUCCAAUGUCCAGGACCUGUACAAGAGAGUGUCACUCGAAGGAGAGAAGAAAAUAUCACAAAAGGAUGAUUCUGAGAAAUCUGAAGAUAAAAAAGAGGAUUCAGCGGAGAACAAAGACCCCGUCAAGGCCUAAUUAAAGAAUUAAUUUUUACGAAUUUUAUUUGUAACACAAAGACAAUAUACAUUGUAUGCACUGAACCAAGUCCAGUGGAUUUUAAAUCGUUUUCUUCAGUUUAGGAACGAUUUUUACA